UUGAAAACUAUAUAAUCAGAAUCAAAGGAGGGAGGAAGUGCUAGGAGCUCUCUACCAGGGAAGAAACAACUGGAACUUCUCUCUACCCUUGACAAGAACGUCUGGUUGGGAGAGAUGGUGAUAUUUCUGAAGGGCAUGGGCCCUCUUUUGCUGCUCUUCAUCCUCGGGCUCUGGCUGGUUUCACCUUCUUUGACACAAGGAAAUGACAGGGAGAGACACUUCUUGACUCAGCACUAUGACUCCAAACCAAAGGGUCGGGAUGACAAGUACUGUGAAAAGAUCAUGAGAAGGAGAGGUUUGACCCAGCCUUGCAAGGAAUUGAAUACUUUCAUUCAUGGUGAUUACCGCAGAAUCAAGGCUGUCUGUGGAGAUGAAGCUGGGAAACCCUACAAAGAGGGGAGGUUUAGGAUAAGCAACUCACCAUUUCAGAUCACCAGCUGUAAACAUCAAGGAGGGUCUGCAAGAUCUCCCUGCAAAUAUAGGGCCACUCCUGGCUUUAAAUAUAUUGUCAUUGCAUGUGAACAUGGUUUACCUGUACACCUUGACCACACUAUUAUUGCAAAUUAAUUUACAUAAGGGAGUUUGGCAACCUAAGACAUGGGUACACCAAGUCUUAGAUUUAGAUUAAUACCAGUGCUGUAUUAUGUUCACAUACCUGUUGCCAGCUUCCCAACUCUUUUCUAGUUGACAGUUGUAUUUUUUAUAUACUUUUAUAUUUUUUGCGUACCUCCAGCAUCCUAAAUUUGGGAUGUUGGUAAGUUUCUUUGGCAGAAUUGCCAACCUUUGUUGAUUUUUAUUACUGCAAGCAAUUGGAACUACAUAUUUGUUCCUUAAUGUUAUGUCCUUACAUUCAGGAAUGUUUAUAAUAUUCAUUGUGAGUCUCUUAAAAGCUGAAUUGUUCAGUUCCUUCGAUUUUCAGCCUUUGGGCAUUUUGAACAAAUAAAAUAACUCUGAAAUCAGUAAAAAUUAGUCUUCUUACUGGCUCAUUGAAUAUUAAACUUGUUUUUCAUUUUUCUCACACACCAGUUUCCUUAGAGGGAAACUAAUGGUAUGGAAAUCCCUUUCUUUCCUCUGUAUUCUCUUACGAGUAUUUGCUAGAAAUUGUUGAUGUGUGAACCUUGUAAUUGUCUCUAAAGUUAGUGUUGAUUGCAUAUCCUUCUCAAAGCAGUUUGAAAAAUUCUCUUAGUUCUAGACCACUAAGUAAAGAAUUUAGGUGAGUUGGGACAUUACUCAUCCCAUAACCUUGGAAAAUGCAAGAAUAAUAGGUUACUUUUCCCCAUGAGAAAUUGCCCGAAAUCUCAAUGAUAAUCCUGCCCUAUUGGCAGACCUCAAAUUGAUU